CAUCAAGGCGAGACUUUGGCUGCUUCAUCUGCACUUGCAAACACCUACCAUCUACACACUCGGGUCUAAUUCGAAUCUGUUUACAUAUGUCUUUCAUAAUGGCCCACGACUUUGAGCCACUGAAGAAUGAUUUGAUAUUGAGGACAGCACGGGGUGUGUAUAAUAUCAUAAUCAUAAUCAAUCCGGGUGUAUACUAACUUGAGAUGUCGCAUGAUGUAGGUGAGGAUGUAGAGCGUGCGCCAAUAUGGAUCAUGCGUCAAGCUGGUCGAUAUUUACCAGAAUAUCACGAAGCCAAAGGCAAUCGCGACUUUUUCGAAUGCUGUCGAAAUCCCGAAAUCGCCUCGACCCUAACUCUACAACCCAUUGAGCGAUUCGCCGGUCUAUUAGACGCCUCGAUCAUAUUCUCCGACAUUCUUGUGAUACCCCAGGCUUUAGGAAUGACUGUUGAAAUGGUAGACAAGAAAGGACCACAUUUCCCAGAUCCCUUGAAGUCGCCUGACGACGGUCAAUACGAGAAGGUUCUCAACAAGAACGUGGAUGUCGCGGCCGAACUUGACUACGUUUACAAAGCGAUAACAUUAACACGAAAGAAACUGAAGGGCCGUGUACCUUUAAUUGGCUUCUGUGGAGCUCCUUGGACCCUCUUCUGCUACAUGGUUGAAGGUGGUGGAACGAAGCUCUUUAUAGAGAGCAAGAAGUGGAUAUACAGACAUCCCGAAGAGUCUGGGGCUCUGCUACAAAAGAUUACAGAGGUUUGCGUCGAGUAUCUAGCACUUCAGGUCCAGGCAGGGGCUCAGUUGAUCCAAGUGUUUGAUUCAUGGGCGGGGGAGCUCUCACCCUCAACGUUCAAGAUAUUUAGUGAACCCUACCUAGCUUACAUCUCGAAAAACCUACCGAGGAGGCUGAAGGAAUUGGGCUUAGAAACAGUACCUAUGAUUGUAUUUCCUAAGGGGGCCAACUACGCGCUAGAUUCUGUUUGCAAUCUAGGAUACGAUGUGGUGGGCUUAGAUUGGCUUAUCGACCCGGCAGAAGCUGUCAAAAUUCGGGGGAAGAGGCGAGUUGUAUUCCAAGGGAAUGCGGACCCCGGUGUGUUAUACGGGUCAAAAACAGCCAUAUCCGAGAUGGUGAAAGCAAUGGUUGGGGGUUUUGGAGGCGGUAAAAAAGGUUGGAUUGCUAACUUGGGACACGGUAUUACGCCACUCGUGAAACCGGAUGAUCUUAAGUUCUAUCUUGAAGAAAUCCAGCGCUUAACAAGUAGCUAAUCAGAGUCCUCGCGAUCUACGACGAGAUAUGCUCGGUGAGCGAACCGAAACUCGCCAAAAUUCUACUCAUUGGUCUGGGAAGCUCUGAUCUAGAUCUAUUGUACUCCUAUAGUUACUAUUAUUAGCGUGCUAGACAAAAAAGAAAAGUGAACAAGGAAGCGAGAUAUAUGGUUACACUUACCACGAUAUUGACCAAGCCACUUUUCCACCUAAACUCCUACAAACUCUUUGGCUCUUGGGGUUGUCCGGAGCAACAUCCGCCCAACAAUGCUGAUCGCCAUCAAAGUCAAUUAGGCGUUCCCGCAGGAUCCUGACUGCCACUGCUUUUGCGAAACCCUUCCCACGCCAUUCUUCUUCACAGUGCAAACUACUUAGUGAAGAGUCGGGGCCCAGCAAGGCCCAAGCAAUAGGCGUACCGUCAUCGCGGUAAACGGCCAUACUUGGUAAAAGAACAAUUGUUCGUCUAUGCG